AUGGGACAGGUGAUCCCGGUUGAAGUACACUCUAUUCAGAACUGGGGGUUCAAUUAUGGCUUUCAAUCAAAGAGAAGUACAUACGAGCAUCUAUCAAAGGAAGCUAAAAAGGAGAUCAUUUCUAGCUUGGAAGGAUGGAUUGUUCAAGACGACUUCGACAAAACGGCUUCACAAUUCCCGCCCGCCAUUCGCUACAGAAUUCUACCCCUUUUCGCCUCGAUGCGCAUUCUCAAAGACGGUCUCCGAAUAUUCUUUGAGAAUCCGUUUUGGUAUUUGCAAACUGAUGGAGAAUAUGAAAAUGACAACGAUGAAACUAAGGUUGAGUCCGCCUUUGGAGCUCAGAUCAAUACCCUGUACCAACAAUUUACCAUAGUGGAUGAACAACUCGCCAAUCAUUGGCGGGCACAAACGUCACGUCUUGCAAAUGCCCGAGACUCUGGCAGCCUGUGGCCACCCCGAGAUCCUGAGCUCGGGCUUGCAAACAAAGCUCUCCAAGAGGAAAAGGCCAAAAAGUUUGCCGCAGCCAUGCUUAAAGACAAGACCUUCCGAUAUCUGCUUAGGGAGCUCAGGGACGAUGAAGAUGCGGACGAGAUGCAGGGCAGCCUCGGCCUGACCUAUAUUUGUUUGGCUGGGCUUGUAAGAGGUAUUGCUACAGGACAGCCAGCGCUGAGUUGGAAACUCUUGGAUGAAAUUCCAAAGACCUACAAUCGGAGUUCUGAAAAGGUUGAAGUGGCCCAUCUCCAUGGAUUGCUUUCACGCUCAUCAAGACUGAAUGAACAUGAGAUACUCGCAAUCGUUUCACCCCUCUUCAUUCGAACUGGAUCAUUCCAUGACCGUAUAAGGUAUGACAGAACGGUCAUCCCAGCUGAGGUUCUUUUGGAAGAUCGUUUUGGCAGAAUGGACCGUGUUCAUUCUUCGGAUGAGGAUGCAUUCCCAAGAAAAAGGAGAAAGAAGACGAAAAAGACAAAGUCUGACAAGGAUGUAUGGAUCGAGUAA